AUGCAUAAUCUUACAACAUCUCCUAGAUGUCCUUUUAAAUUUCCCACUGAACAUUUAAAACAGGAUAGUAAAAGCAUGACAUUUAGAGACUUUAUUCAAAUGUAGCAAACAAAGGAGGAGAUGAAAUUCUAAUUUCCAGGUCGAUUGACUCAAUAGCAAGGGUCUCCGAUUAAUUCAAAAAAGCAAAGAUGGGAAAAAUAGUUAAGUACACUCUUACGCUAAGACCCAUAGAAUGAAUUAUUUAUUAAGCAUUCAUCUUAAUGUCAAAUAGCAAUGAAAGAUUUCAUAAAUAAAACAAAGAAUUUCCGAAGUCAUGAAUAAUCUCCUACAAAAACUACAUAUCAUUUACCUAUGAUAAGUGAUUCUUAAGUCAUAGUAUUACCAAAUACUCCUGUCCAUUUUAAGUUUACUCCUAUAUAAACAAAAACAAAGGCAUCAAAUUAUGUUGGGUUAAGAAAUGUACAAGAUUAAUUAGAGCAGUUAAAAAAGCCUAGAAUACAGCCAACCCAUAGAGAAUUAAAAUAGUAACCAAUGACUUAAACUGAAAUCAUCAGUAAAUUCUUUGAAACAAAAUUUUAGAAGAUAAUAAAAACUUAGAUAAAGUAAUAUGGUAGUAAUGAAUUACUUGAUUAACAUUCAGAAACACUUUAUUCACGUAUAAUACAAGAUAGAUAAUUAAAAAUGAAAUUCUAAGGAAAAUCAUUAAAAUACUUAAAAGAUAUUUACAAAAGUAUUUUAGGUAUUGGAUACACUUAAGAAAUCUUGCUUGAUCCAUUUAGAAUGAGAAGUAUCCAUGCACCUUUAUUUAUAAAAAAAGAAUAAUUUAUUAGAUUUAAGUAUUUGUUUAUAAACCAAUUUAUGGACAUGGAGACUCCAGUUGAAUUACUAUUUAAAGGAUGUUAUAAAUUAGAAAAUUUUAAACCAUUAAUAUUAAAUUAAAAGAGUGAUUUUGAGAUAUUUGGGGGGGAGUUUGGAAUUAAUGAAAUUGCUAAAAAUAUGUAUGAAAAGAUCUUUAAGGAUUAUACAUUAAGUCCAUAUUUUAAGGCAAUAGAAUUAGAAGAAUAAGCAAUUAAAUUUGCAAAAUUAUUUGCCCAAUUAAUCGAUCAUACUGAAUCACCAAAUUAUACACUUGAAGUAUUGAGAGAAAGACAUGUUAAAUAUAAACUUACACAUGUCUAAUUGGCCAAUUUUAAGUUUUAUUUGUCAACAACACUGUAAAAAUUAGGAAUCAGAUAUAAACAUAUUAGAAUAUUAUUAAGGAAAAUGGAUACUUACAAAUUUGCCAUAUUAAAUAAAUCAUCUUUAUAAGAAUGUAUUAACAAUUCUCCUGGAGGAUAUAGAGAAUUUAUUGAAAAUUUUGUUCGAUUGUGUUCAAGCGAACCAAUACUUUUUGAUUUAGUUUAAAAAAGAGGCAAAUAGAGAUUUACUGCUCAUUGUGAAAAUGUUUUUCAUUAUUUUUUCAGAGAUAAUGUUAAAUCAAUUACUGAUAGUGAUAUUGAAACUAUUCAUAAGAAUAAAACUAUUAUUUCUGAAAAAGUCUUUAAGAAAUUCAAAGAGAAGGCUAUGCAAGCAGUAAGUAAAGUUACUAAUGAUCCCAUUUUAUUAAGUGAUUUUGAAGAAGAUUGGGAAGAAAUCACACCAAUACUAUUAAAUAAACCUAGAAAAACUGCAAUCAAAUAACUUGGUGGAUAGUUUGUUAUCAAUAGAAUUGCAUCUAAACUUGAAAAUGAGAUUAUGUAAAGACCUUUAUUAUACAAAGUCUUUGAGGUAUAUUUUAUAAAUAAAUAAGGAUAAUGAAUCACCUGUUGGAUAAAAUUUAAGAUGUAAGCUUAAUUUAAUUUUAUAUGGACUUCACUUUUAUAAAAGAACUGAUAUUGAGGUACUUCAUAAACGAUUAAGAAUAAGAGAAUAACCCUAUUUCGAAUUUUAAUAAGUAAAUAUGAAUUGUAAUAAAUUAGGCUAUGAAAACAGUGAUGCAAGAUGAACCAUAAAAAUUAUAGUUUAUUCUUGAUGUAAUAGAUGAUUACAAAAAACAUAUAGUUUUUGAUUGA